ACAAGCCACACAUAAAAAAUUGCAAGUACUUAAAUACAUUGUAUCAGCCUAACAAUGAACAUUUUAAAGAAGAGCCAUGUGCUGAAUCAAAAUUGUUUGCGGGAUAAGAUUCAGGAAUUGUCUCCUUUGUUGCGCAAUUUGGACUGGCCGGCCAACAAGGAUUCGGUCUUUCGGGCAGCAUGGAGCUACUAUGCCAGCGGCUGUCAGGAGCGACUGACGACCAUUCGCAGGCGCAUCGAACAGAACGCUAGGAUGGUGGCUCCAAAUAAAAGGAUAGGUGCCCCACUUCCAGUCGACCUCAAGCUCCCCUUUAACGAGAGCCAGCUGACCCCAGGAUUGGAUGCGGAUGAGCACAUCUACCGGGAAUUGGUGUCCUGUUUUCGCAAUGCCAAAAGCACGGCUUCUAUAAAGAAAACCCCUCAGAAGCGCUCCAAAAUUCAGAGGCCUUUCGAUAUGAGUAAAUUUUCCACACCCGAACAAUGGAUUAAUUGGAAGCGAGAGGAACAGCAAGUGGGUCAAUUGCUAAAACAAUCCUUUGAUCCAUACCUAAAAGAGGAAAUGUCCAAGAAGCUGCAACAUUUAAAAAAACUCACCAGCCGAAGACCUCUGUUACAAGUUCCAAAUCAGAAAGAAAUAAUUGAUAAUACCAAGGUGUCACAUUUUAAGAAAAGAAAAUCAAGACAAAAGUAUAUUGAUGAAAUAGAUAAAUACAAAACCAAUGUGAAGUCAAGAAAAUCAAAAUCAUUCACAAAUUUGGAUGAAAACAAACUGCCAUGGAGUUCAAAAAAAGCACCCACAAAAUUAGCAGCAAAAUAUGAACUCCAUAAAAAUUUAAGAAAAAACGAUACCAAAUUGGCAGAAAAAUAUGAUGUCCAUGUAAAUUCAAGAAAAAACGAUAAAAAAUUGUCGGAAAAACAUAUACUCACUAAAAGUUCAGAAAAGACCACUACAAAAUUGGAAGACAUAUAUAAAUUACCAUCAAAGUCAAUAAAAACUGACGCGAACGAGGAUGUCAAAAAUAAACCACCUUUGAAUUCAAUAAUAACACCCAGGAAUAAGUCUCCUUGGAAGUCAAAAAAAACACCAAAGACCUUGGCAGAUAAACACAAACUAUCUUCGACUUCAAGAAAAAUAAUCAGGAAUUUGGCAGACAUUCUUAAACAAACCAAUAAACCAUCAAGAAACAUGACAUCAAAAUUAGCACACAUAUAUAAACAACCUUCCAAGUCAAGAAAAACCUCCAAGAUAUUAGCGGAAACAUAUAAAAUACCCUCGAACUCAAGAAAAUUACAACCGAAAAUAGCAGGAAAAUUAGAACUCCAUUCAAAGUCAAGAAAAUCAUCCUUAACUUGGACAGGUAAAUAUAAUACCAUUUGGGCAGUUAGGAGGUUUAUUGCCGAGCAUCCAAGUCUGGAAAGUAUAGCUAGCUCAAAGCGAUCUAUAAGACUUAACCAACCGCGUCCAAAACGAAUUGAAAAACACAGUGACAGUAGCGAAGAAGAUACUGGUUUAUACGGCAUUGAUUAUCAAUUACCAAUUGUGGAUGCGGACAGCAAAUCUUUGACUUCGCAAAAGUCGCAGAAGGCCCAAAAAAUAAAAAGAUCAAUGGCAAGAAAAUAUCAAAUCCAAUCACAAAAUCUUCCGAAGGUUCAAAAAUUAAAUACUUCAAAGGCAAAAAAAGUUAAAGCCCAUAAAAAACACAAAAAUCAAGAUCUAAAGGAUGUCGUAAAUUUAAAUGUUGAAAAAGAUGCAAAGGAUUCCUCAUCGUUAGCUCUGCUUCCUGGAAAGACCAACGGCGAAAUAUAUAAAACAAAUUUAAAAAUUUCACAGAGGAGGAACAAGGUAUCUAAGACUUGCCAUUUCAGUUCGCACACAUUAUUAAAGAGUUCGAAGUCCGGUGGAAGCCAAUCGCCACUGUUUAAAAUACCAAAUGAAGAAUCAAAUGAUGAGGUGCAAAGACAAGUAUUUAUUUCAACGAAAAGGUCUAGCUCUUUAAGUACACUGCAAACGCCAAAGAGAAAUGUUUACAUUGAGGAAAUCAUGAAAAGAAUGUCUGCGAGCAAUCCGACAAUCGGAUCCGGAAGUCAGACGUUUAAAGAUUUGAAUUCGGACUUGUCAAUCUACAGAGGGCAGCCGAUUAAUUUUGAAAAUCAGGAAAUCGGAAUGAGUAUAAUACCUAGAGGCGAACACCAUAAAUGGCCACUCAAUGUUACCCAACAUACCGCUUACGUAAAUCCCAAUAACCAACAUGACCCAAAACACAAACAUUUUUAUUUAAACAAAAGAAGGCACCACGAAAUGGCAAGGCAAGAACAUGAACAUGAUACGUUUAGUAAUAACGAAAUUGCUUUAAAGCCUACACAUGACAUUUUUGCUAACAAGCAGGGAGUUGUGAGCUAUCAAUCAAAAAUCUCUCUUUCUCUCUCCGAAACUGAAGUUCGUUUGAGUCUCGAAUCGAAACCCCUGGUCAUUGCCGAUCUGAUAUCUAAAUUUAUGAAGUCUUAUGCCUCGGAAAUAAGUUGUUUUCAAUCAUAUCCGGAUUGGUUUAAGACCAACGAGCUGGACAGCGUUUUCAUUGAGACUGUAGUUAAAAAGAAAGAGCCCAAGGAGCCCAAAAAAAUUAAGAAAACUAAAAAACGCAGGGUUGUGGAAACUAUGGAAGUCGAGAAAACGCCUUCGAAGCCCAUUAAGAUUUCCUGCUCCUUGUGCAAUUUGGUUAGGAGAAGGCAAUCCGAACUGCGGCCCUAUAUGCAGCGAAUGCAAAAAGAACGCCAGCGAUUGGAACUAAAGACCUAUUACACCCAGAAGUUGCUGAAAUGUCGGCCGGCUCAAGAGCUCAAUGUCCAGGAGCAAAAAAGAGCCUGUGCCCGUGAGGUUCUGGCCAGAUGCUCUCAAACACUGAAUUUAUGUCAGCAAAUCCUGGAACAGAGACGAUUGAAAAAAUGUCAGCUGCAACAAUCCGAACAAAUUAGAAAGUUAAAUACAUGACCAUUAUUUGCCAGGCUAUUAAUGAUUUAAACUUUGAUUUCCUGGGGUCUGAUCGUCAUAUGCCAUACCUAAUUGGCUAUAAAUUUCAAUUCAAAUGGUAAACAUGUUUCUUGUGAAUUUAAUGGUUAGAUUUUAGCAAAAUUUUUAGAGAAUGAAAUCAAUGUAUUAUUUAUCAAAACACUAAUUUGGUAUUUUUAAAUAG